CUUUUAUUACUUCUAACCAGAUCGCAAUUCUCGGGUUUGAGGUAUACGUGAAUUCGAAGAAAAGAUGAGGGUAAUCGGACUGACCGGAGGAAUUGCGACGGGGAAAAGUACUGUUUCGAACCUCUUCAAAGCUAAUGGAUUUCCAGUUGUCGAUGCCGACGUCGUCGCCCGUGAUGUAUUAAAGAAAGGUACUGGUGGUUGGAGAAAGGUGGUUGCAGCUUUUGGGGAGGACAUAUUGCUAGAAAAUGGGGAAGUGGAUCGACCAAAGUUGGGUCAGAUUGUAUUCACGGAUCCUUCAAAACGCCAGCUUCUUAAUAGGCUUCUUGCCUCAUACAUUUCAUAUGGCAUAUUAUGGGAAGUUUUUAAGCUAUGGAUAAAGGGUUGCAAUAUCAUUAUCCUUGAUGUUCCUCUACUGUUUGAGGCCAAGAUGGACAGGUGGACAAACCCGAUCAUUGUUGUGUGGGUUGAUCCUGAAACACAGCUGAAACGCCUCAUGGAAAGAGACAGAACAUCUGCACAAGAUGCUCAAAACAGGAUAAAUGCCCAAAUGCCUUUGGAUGAAAAAAGGUCUAAAGCAGACAUAGUGAUUGAUAACAAUGGGUCUCUAGAGGACUUAAAUGAAAAUUUUAGAAAGAUAUUAGAUCAGGUUACCAAGCCCUUGACAUGGACUGAAUUUUGGCUUUCGAGACAAGGUGCUAUAGUGGCUAUUGUAUCAAUAUUUUCUGGUGUUCUUGGAUGCAAGAAGUUGGUUGCACGUUUGUGAUUCUACAUUUCUACUGUGAAAUUUGAGAAUUGAUAGAGUGGUAUGCAAAAUGAGUUGUGUGCACAUUUUUUGUUCUGUGUGCCUUCAAAAUAGUGGACAAAAACUUCUCCCUUGUUUUAAAAAUUUAUGAAAGUGACAAAGAUUUAAUGGAAGUUGUUAUGCUUGUGUG